AUGGCGUCCGAUAUUGACUCCGACAUCCCAAGCCAGUACGGCUUGAUCCCUGAGAUUAACGAUGACAUCUACAACUUCUCUGCUCUCUCGGAAGACUAUUUUGCGACAAGUGUCUCCUCUGGAAACAUUUUUGACGAGUCAUUCGGUCUCUCUCAGUACUUGAAUAUCGCAACAAACGACCAGACCCMCCUAUUGGACGAYUUUUCCUUUGUGAMCCCGCCAUUUUUGCCCCCAACAUUCAACGACUCUGUUGGAAAUCAGCCUCUAUAG